AUGGCGCCUUGGGAAGAUUUCGACAGUGUUUUCUCCUUCAACAAGAAUUUUACAUAUGAUGGCAAGGUCAUUGAACAGAUACUGUCCAACCGCCGGGCUUUGGAUAACCAGUUGUUCGCCGACAGACUCCUAGGACUGCUCGGCGUGAAAGCAGGUAAUAAUGAUCAAACAUUGAUAAUGUACAAUGUUUCUGACAAGCAUAACUAUAUAGUGACGAAAGUAUACCCUCCAAAGUCCAAUGCAGACCUCCGAACCCUUUUCGGACACAUCGUAUCAUCUCCACUGGAUAUCCAUCACAAGCAGGCCUUGAUCUACUAUCUCUUAAAGGACUGCCGGGCAGCCAAUGACUACGCUUCACAAUUUUCGCGGCGAUUCCAUCUACCCGAAAAGUACCGUUUCUUCAUUGAAGGGCUCUGGAACCUAGACAGGCUAGAUUUUAAGCGCGCUAUUGAAUAUUUGACUGAACCCUCCAUCAUUCCAACAUUUCCCGAUGAAAUCCUUUAUGUUCUCACCCUACCACAGCUUCCAAAGCACGAUGACAGCCUCGUAAUGGCGUAUUACCUCACCGUGAGCCCACCACUGGCAUCCACAAAGGUCCAGAAAGCAUUCUUCAGAAUUCUUUGUCGCUCCAGCAUUACGGAAGCCUUCUACUUUACCCGGAACUAUGACGACUCGCUUCGCCAGAAUUACCUUGCGCAGCUCAUUGAAUUCGUGCACUCGACGGAAGCUGGCGAGACCCGGAGCAAGCGCGCUAUGGAAUUGAUUGGUCUCCCCUUCGAUGACCAGGAAGAGGGGUGGUUUGAGGACUGUCUUCUCCGUGGGAAUGCAAAGGGUUUGCAUGGUGCUAAGGACACCGUCAUGAUGCGCCGUCUUGCGACAGGGAAGUUAGAAAACUUGUCGGCCGAUCUUGAGUCCUUGGGCGGAAAGAAGGUCGAUGGGCUGAACUGGGACAUUCUCAGACAAGGCAUUCAGCCAUCGCAGACAUAG